AUGGACAAUGAUGUACGAGGAAUAGAAAGAGGGAAAUACGCUUGUGGAGAAUGCGAGGAUUUCAUGAGGUCAGAUGGAACAACUUGUGGCUAUUGUGGCUGUUUGCCGACACGCCUUUCUAAAAAGGAUGCUUGCUACUCCUCUUACUCUGUUGGUGGCAUAUCGGGUUCGGGAACAAGUGAAAGUGCAAGUCCAGAGAAGUAGAAAGAUGAAGAUCUGGGGUGGUUCCCGAACCCAAAGGGCGAAUAAACUGAAUUCUCCAAUAGUAUUCUGCCAAAAUUCUACCUGUCCUUUUGGACCACUUGUCCCUACAAGGAACGCUUUCGCCGCUGUUUCAUGACUGAAAGAAAACGCCAGUGGGAAGUUCGCGAGGCGUUGAAAGCAAUAAAUCAAGGAGAAGAAGAAAGAGGAGACUGA